AUGGCGGAGAAUAAGCGCCAGAACUCGAGUGCGAAGGCCUCCAGUCCUGGAACAACAGCCAACAUGGUCCCGCACGAAGCUGCCUUGAGCGGUGCGAUCGGUGCUCGCGUCCGCAUAACUACCGCUGCGCCAACAACCUCCACUUUCGAGGGAACCCUCUUCACUGUGUGCCCUAUCACCAAUCUCGUCGCUGUUAAUACAUCCUCCGCCGCCUCUUCCGGAUCCUCUGACCACAAGCAAGCGCAGAGCGGUGAUUACCGUGUCAUUCCUGUUUCUCGCAUCCAGUCUUUCCAACUUCUUUCUCUCCCAACAAAUUCCUCGGACUCGCCUUCCUUCACAGAUGCAUUGCCCACCAUCCAGGCCCUUGAUACCCGUGCGCUGAAGACGCGCGAAAUCAAGGCCGUUAGCGAGAUCCUGGAACGGGAAGCCCGCCGCGGAAAGGGCGUCACCCGUGAGGCGCAGGAUAUAUUUGAUGCAUUUAGUCGAACCAUGCCUGCACGGUGGGAUGGUCCGAAUAUCAUUGUUGCCGAUGCAGUCACAAUCGCACCCCCGUACCGAGUUGAUGAGUGUCGCCCGCUUGUCGAGGGUGACACAGCUGCUCUCGCUCGUGUGCGCAAAGUGCUCGAGAUGGAACGCAAGAAGAUAGAGCUGCGCAAUGCUAGCGCCACCAUUGGUUCGACUAGCACUUUCUCCCGCAAUUCGGGCGACCAGCGCAAAGGUGGAUAA